CUACUUCUAGAGUGUUGUUCUUUCUCUCGUCUAUGGUUUGGUGUAAUAGCUUCAAUUAGAAUGCGUAGAGUAGAUUUUAGAUUACAAUAAGGAAAUUAGAAGUGAUUUGGAAUACAGGUAUUUCAAACAAUAAACACACUUGAGCAAUAUUAUGGAUCAGAAUAGUUUGUGAUUUUGUUAAUUAACAAUUGUUUAUAUAUUUAUUACUGUGACUUUUAACUGUUAAUUUAAUAUGAAAAAUGAAGAGUUGCAGGAACAUACCAAAAGAUUACGUUUUAAGAAUAUAACCAAUGUUCAAGAUUUUUCUGGGGAAGCGAGCUACGUUCCUAAAAGUACGCCAGAAAUGAAGAACAAAGAUGGAGAAAAAUCUUCAUUAUUUACAUUUUUGCAAGUUGAACUUACGCGAGGGUACUUACUUGAGCAUGAUGAAGAAAGAUUUUCUGCACGAAGAGAAAAAGUUUACUCCUUUAUAAAAAUACCCCAAGAGUUGGAGAAAUUCAUGGCAUAUGGAUUUUUUCAAUGUGCAGAUUCAUUGUUGUUUGUUUAUACAUUUUUACCAUUGAGGUUUAUUAUGGCUUUUUGGUCCUUCCUUAAUAGAUUAUUUAGGAAGUGUUUUGGAUUUUAUUCUAAUCAUCGAAAACAUAUAUUAAAACCAGCUGAAACUUGUGAUGUUUUGAAAGGAUUUAUCUUAGCAGCCUGUAGCAUUUUAAUGUGUUACAUAGACACAAAUAUGAUGUACCAUUUAGUGAAGAGUCAGAGUGUUAUGAAGUUGUACAUUUUCUACAAUAUGUUAGAAGUUGGUGAUCGGUUGUUUUCUGCUUUUGGUCAGGACACUAUAGAUGCUCUGUUUUGGACUGCUACAGAACCCAGAGAUCGGAGACGGGAACAUUUGGGUUUAAUACCACACUUAUUAUUUGCUAUGACAUAUGUCUUUCUUCAUAGCUUAUUAGUUUUAUUUCAAGCUACAACACUCAAUGUGGCCUUUAAUUCAAAUAAUAAAAGUCUUCUGAUUAUUAUGAUGUCAAAUAAUUUUGUGGAACUAAAAGGAAGUGUAUUUAAGAAAUUCGACAAAAACAAUCUAUUCCAAGUAUCAUGUAGUGAUGUCAGAGAACGUCUUCACCUGUCAGUAUUGCUAUUUAUAGUAGUGUUACAAACUAUGAAGGAGUACACGUGGCGCGAGGAACGAUUCUGGAUUUUGGCGCCAGACUGCGUUGUUGUUCUCACCUUUGAGGUCAUAAUUGAUUGGGUUAAGCAUGCCUUUAUCACUAGAUUUAAUGAAAUCCCUUAUGGCGUAUAUAGGGAGUAUACAGUGAGUUUGGCAUACGAUGUUGCUCAAACUAGACAGAAGUAUGCAUUUAGCGAUCAUUCCGACUUGGUGGCACGUCGAAUGGGCUUUAUCCCGUUGCCUUUGGGAGUCGUUAUUACGAGAGUGUUAGUUCACGCAGUAAAAGUUGACGGGUUUGCAGCCAUUUUCCUCAUAUUCCUAGCAUACCUCUGUCUAAUAUCUAUAAGAGUGUUGGUUUCUAUAGUCAUACUUGGUAAAGCUUGUGAUUUAAUUACACAACAUCAGAUGGAUAAGAAUGAGAGUCUUCAUACAACGCCUAAAAAAGAGCAGAAGGAGAUUACUAAAGAUACAACUUGUGCAUACAAAACUCCUGAUGUUGAAAUAACAACAGUAAAAAAACAAACACAAUUAAAGUUUCUGAUCCCUGAAGACGUAAUUAAGAGUGAACCCUUAGUGGAUGCUUCAGUGGGCGCGGCUGCUAUAUUUUCUAACAGCGCCAUUGAUCUUAAUGGCGUUUGUUAUCUUAACGAUAAAAUGAAUGUACAAGUUAAACAGGAGAGUGGCGAUUAUUUGGAACCGGAAGUGGCAGAUGUUAGCCGAAGUGCACCCGAUAUUAAGGCAGCUACCGGCGCCGAACCUACGCCGGAGUCGGUAGAGCGGCCCAACUCACCAGACUCCGGCGUGGAUGGUCUCAAACGACGUUCUGAGUCUGAGCCUAACUUAGUUAAGGCCGAGGAACACUACGACGACACCACGUAACAUCAUGUGUGCUGUUUGGUAUUCACUUUGACUUCUCUGUACUAGUCCAAUGUUGGGUAUUGAGUGAUGUGUAAAUUGGGAUUAAUGUAUAUAGAAAUAUGUUUAUAUAUAUAUAUUUAUAUAUAU